CACGAAAAGCGCUAGCAUAAAAGGCAUUUAGUUCCAAACGUCCAGUAGACAAUGUUGGUCAGAAUUUUCGUCAGCUGUUUGGUGCUGGUGAUUUCCAGCGCUCAAGACACACCCUACGAUUUUCAGCCGCAUUAUGACGAAUCUUUUCAGAGCACAGUCAUGGCCAGAUUGGAUCAGCUGGAAGCCAAAGUUCUGGACCAAGAACUUCAACUCAAUUCCGCCAACGAUCAAAUCAUUUCCUUAAAGGAGCAGGUCCAGCGACUCGAGUCCGUUUUGCUGGUCGACAGUACCAACAAUUUCAAGUCUCGAAUAGCGGAGGAUAAAACCAGUAAAGUAAUUGGUGUCUCACCUUAUUCGGCCAUAUUCUCCCCGAGGACGUGCCUGGAAGCCCGAGACAGCGGAUUGCCGGAAUUCAAAGAGUCCGGAAUGUACUGGAUCGAUCCGGAUGGAAUCGGCAUAGGCGACGGAGCCAUUUACGUUCACUGCGACAUGAAAACAGGAACAACUUCCCUGGGGCACGAUAGUGAAGAAACAAUUGACAUACCGAAAUGCACCGAUCCUGGUUGUUAUUCGAGAUCGAUCCUUUACCAAAACACAACUGCCAAACAAGCGAAAGCUCUGGCCGAAAUUUCAGCAGAGUGUCAUCAAACUAUUCAAGUGAAUUGUCUUGGGGGACCCUUUACGGUAGAAGGCAUCGACUACGCCUGGUGGAACGAUGUGGAUGGCGAAAUUCAAACCUUUUGGUCUGGUUCUGACGCCACCGUUCACACCUGUCAGUGUGGCAUUGAUGAUUAUUGCGUCCGUCCCGAUCUCGAAUGCAAUUGCGACGCUAAUGUGGCUGUCCCAUUAUCAGAUAACGGAAGAAUUACGCUUAAAAAUGUUCUGCCGGUUACCAAAUUGAAUUUUGGACGAACGAUUCAUAACGGAGGGAGCCACACCCUGGGAAAAUUGAUAUGUUCCGGCAAGUCGAUUUCUCCUGUUUAUCCAAAAUCUUGUACGGAUUUGUGGCGGAUUGGCCACACCCUGAACGGACUGUAUCUCAUCCAAGGAGACAAACACGUCGAAUUAGUCCAUUGCGAUUUCACGUUAGGGCAAAAUUUAGCGCAAAAAAGAAUUGGAUACGUGGACGUGAAAUCGGAACCUGUACAGUUUUACGUGCAAAGUUCGACGAGCGUUUCUGCUUCAGAACCGACAGUUGGUUCCCCGAUUUUAUUUGAUACAGAGACGCUCAAUGAAGGAGACGCUAUGAACAUUUUAACGGGCAUAUUCACCGCCCCGAAAUCCGGCACGUACUUGUUUGACUUCUCGGGAGUCAACGACCCUGAAUCGGGUGCUUUCAGUGUCAUCUUUUAUCUCAACGAUAAUAAAAAAGGGUCGACGUUAGCUGAUGGUUCUUUCCAAUCGACUCUGACCCUUCCAUCUAUUUGGCAUCUGAGUAAAGACGACCAGGUGAAAUUGUCCAUUUCCCCGACAACUGGAGUACUUUACAGCGAUGUUAAGGACGGAAUCUAUACCCACUUUACAGGAAUACUGCUCGAAGAAGACAUUUUCACAGCUUAAUACAUCACAAGCAUAACUUAAUUUGUAUCUAAAUUCGAUUUUCGCUUCUGGACGGAAAAAAAUAAUACACGAUGAAAAAUGAA